AUGGCUGGGACGCGUAAUUAUGACUUUCUGAUCAAGCUGCUGCUGAUCGGAGACUCGGGAGUUGGGAAAUCAUGCUGUCUGCUGCGGUUCAGUGAAGAUUCGUUCACACCGUCCUUUAUCACCACUAUCGGUAUCGACUUCAAGAUCAGGACGAUCGAGCUAGACGGCAAGAGGGUGAAGCUGCAGAUCUGGGAUACCGCUGGGCAGGAGAGAUUCAGAACCAUCACAACCGCUUAUUACAGAGGUGCUAUGGGAAUAUUACUGGUCUACGACGUUACCGAUGAGCGCUCCUUUAACAACAUCCGAACCUGGUUCUCGAACGUUGAGCAACAUGCCACAGAGGGCGUGAACAAGAUCCUUAUCGGAAACAAGUGUGACUGGGAGGACAGACGUGUGGUUUCUACGGAACGGGGGCAGCAACUGGCGGACGAGCUCGGCAUCCCCUUCCUCGAGGUCUCGGCAAAGAGCAAUAUCAACGUUGAGAAAGCGUUCUACAGCUUGGCGUCGGAUAUUAAGAAGCGGAUCAUCGAUACGGCAAAAACAGAUGCGUCGGCGAGCCAGGGUGUCGAUGUUGGAGCACAGGGAAGCGGAAGUGGAGGCAAGUGCUGCUAG